AUGAAUAAAUUGACGGUUUCAUCAAGUAAAAACAAUUGGUUCGAUUAUAUUGAAUCAAAAACAACCAACUAUUCUUAUGUGAACAUUAUUCCGGAAGAAUUAAAAAUUUACAAAUUUCAAGAUCAUUUCUAUAAUUUUUUAAAUAAAUUAAAAUCAUCCUUGUAUUCAAGGCAAAACUCUACAAAACUAACGACAAUUUCUGUGACAGAUCCGAAUGAAAGGAUAACUGAUCUAGUUAAUUCAAAUAUUCCAGAAAUCCAAAUGACUAGAGAUGAUGGAUUGCACAGUUUGAAAUUUUUAAAAGAUAAUGAAUUAUUUAAGUAUGAAGAUAUUAUCAAUACAAUCCAAAAUGAUUCAAUCCCUUUAAAUUCAUCCGACAAUGUGAUGAAUAGAAUAUUAUAUUAUUCAGUGGAAUAUGGAUAUACAGAUUUAGUCAAACGGUUAUUAAAUAGUGGAGCAGAUCCAAAUUAUAUCAAUGAAUUGGGAAAUCAACCUAUACACUCAGCAGUUUCAAGAAAACACUUACAAAUGCUUCAAAUGUUAAUUAAUUUUGGCGCCAAAGUGGAUGCAAAAACCCGACUAGGUGCACAAGCUAUACAUCUAGCAUGUGAAGCGGAUUUUCUAGAAGGAUUAGAACUUCUUCUUGAAAUUGAAGUAGAUGCCAAUACACCUGAUGAACAAGGCGCAACACCAAUUCAUUAUUGUUGUUUCAAUGAUAGUGCUGAAUGUUUACAAAUGUUGAUACAAGCUGGUGGGAAUAUAUACCAGACGGAUGCUUUAGGAAAAUAUCCAAUUCAUGAAGCAAUUUCCCAAUCAAGUUUACAAUGCCUUAAAAUUCUUUUGGAUUAUAAUCAAUACGAUAUGCAAGUACAUAAUGAGCCUACGACAAUAAUAACAGAACCUUCUUGGCAGAUUAUUAAUUCUAUGAUUACGAACACAGAGAACCAUAAAUCUAUUUCAGUAUUCAGUCGUAAACAUUCAAUAAUUCCAAAUAAAUUUAAUUCAGGAUCUAAAGAUUUAAAAAUUUCAUUUGAAUUCGAAAUGAGACAAGAAAAACUUAAUCAGAGAAUGAGGAAGCCGUUCAAGAAACAACAGUUGAUCCACUUACUUGAUGGUGAAGGUCUUGCACCGAUUCAUGCGGCAGCUAGUUCAGGAUCGAUUGAAUUGUUGAAUAUAUGCCUUCAAUAUAACCCAGAUGUACUAGCUAAAGAUCAAAAUGGUCAAACAGUACUUCAUUAUGCUGCACUACGAGGUGAUCUAGAAUGUGUAAAGGCAAUUAUUAAAAACAUCUCACUUGAAGAACAAACCAAAUUAAUUCAAUGUUGCAAUGAAAAUGAAGAAACUUGUCUACAUUUAGCAGCUAAACACAAUUUUGUUGACAUGGGGUCAAAAAUUAAUCAACAAGAUAUAAAUGGUUAUACACCAAUAAUGUCAGCUGCUAUUAAAGGUUCAAUUAAUGUAAUUGAUUAUUUAUUAAAUAAAAAAAUUAUAAUUAAACAUCAUGAUAUAAAACAAAGAAAUUUAUUUCAUUUAAUUGUUUUAAGUUGUUCAGAUGAAAUAUGUAAUUCAAUUGAAAUGAUAAAAAAUCUUAAAGAGUUACCUGAACUAUUGAACGAUGUAGACAAUUAUGGAUAUACACCGCUACAUUAUGCAACUAAAUUAGGUCUUAUAGAAACUUGUCUGUUCUUUUUACGAUAUGGUGCAAAUGUAACAGUUGUAGGUGAGAAUAAAUGUACUCCACUUCAUUUGGCAGCUAAAUUUGGCCGUUUACGAAUAUCACAGGCUAUACUGAAUACAAUAGGCGGUAUGAGAACAUUAUCUAUGACUGAUAGUAAAGGUUGUCUACCUUUGCAUAUAGCAGCUUAUUAUGGACAAGAUAAAUUAUUAGAACUUUUUUUAAAAAAUGGUUGCUUAUUUCGAAGAUGCCAUGAAGGAAAUACUGCUUUACAUUACGCAGUAAUGCAAGAGAAUGUAGAAGCAUGUAGAAUUCUAUUAGAGAUUAAUCCUACUUUAUUAAAUCAAACAAACUAUGAUGGAAUGACUGCAUUGCAUAUUGCUGCAAUAAGAAAUAAUAGUCGUACAAUAGAAUAUUUACUAUCUAACAGUGCGGAGAUCAAACCAGAUCAUAAUGGAUUAUACUUUUUAAAUUAUGCAAUUACAAGACUAAAUGAAGCAACUGUUAAAGAAAUAGUUCUACAUGAAAGAUGGCCUGAAAUAGUGGAGUUACUUAGCAACACAAUAUACUGUCCAUUCAAAGAAUUAAUAGAAUAUUUACCUGAAAUUUGUUUGACAUUGUUUGAUUUCUCUAUAUUACAACCACCUUUAAAAAAUCGCAACAGACAACCAACUGAACCACUACAACACUUAAAGAUUAUGAUUCUUCAUAAACGGGAUAAUUUACUUGUUCAUCCUUUAUGUGAGAUGUUUCUUAAAGUAAAAUGGAUGAUGUAUGGUAGAUGGAUUCAUUUAAUGAUAACUGUUUAUUAUAUAAUAUUAAAUUCGGCAGUAACGUUUUCCUGCCUAAGGCAAGUACCAUUAAUUAUGGACUAUAGUAAUAAUAAUAAUAAUCAAGUGGAUCACUGUGUUCAGAAUUUAUACAGCCAAACAAACGAAUCAAGUUUUAACAGAAGAAUAGUGAUUUUCAUUUUGUUUGUUAGUUUAUCAAAUAUGUUUAUACAAUGCUUACAAAUUAUUUCACAAAGAGUGAAAUAUUUUAAAAAUUGGAAUAAUCACUUUGUUUUAAUAUUUCAAUCAUUACUUAUUAUAAAUUCAGUAAUAAGUUUAAUUGGAAAUCAUCAACCAUAUUCUGGUGUUCUAGCAAUAAUCGUCAUGUUUAUAGCUUGGAUUAAUCUACUAUUACAAAUGAUUCGAUCACAAGAUUUUGGAAUAUUUAUCAUCAUGUUUAUACAUGUGACAGUCACAGUUGCUAAAUUGUUACCUUUGUCUUUAUAUCUUCUUAUUGGAUUUGCAACAGUAUUUCAACAAUUAAUUCAGUUACCAGAUGAAGAGGUGUUCAAUUCUUUAUCUGACAAUAAUAAAAUACAAUUUCAUAACUGUUUCAUUGAGUAUACAAGUUCACUAAAUCAUUCAAUAAAUAAUAUAACAAAAAUAAAUAGAAAACAAUUCAAUAUGCUUAGUAAUAUUGGACUAAGAUUUUUUGAUACAUUAAUGAUGAUGAUGGGUGAAUAUAAGCAUACAACAAUUAUUAUUCAAUCAUAUUUAGAGGAUCAAGUAUCUGCAAUACCUUAUCCAAAAUUGACUUUCAUCUUUUAUAUAGCAUUUAUUAUUUUAAUACCAAUAACACUGAUCAGCUUGACAAUUGGUUUAGCAGUUGGUGAUAUUGACAAGGCUAGAAGAAGUGCAACACAAGAACUAAUCUAUCGACAAGUUUACUGGUUAGAUAGUUUAGAAGCGAAUUUCCCACGUUGGUUAUAUGCUAAAGUUUGUGUUCAAAAAUGGUUAUUGAAACCAGCUAGACCAAAUUUACCAAGAUACGAACGUUCUAGACAAGAACUAAACAAAACUGUCCAACUUUUAAAUCAACGACUGAAUAUAAUCUACAAAAAAUUGGAAUGGUUCAAUUAUCAAUUGCAUCAAAUCAUGCAAAAGCUAUCAAUACAAACAAUGGAAACACUAUUGGAUACUGGAAGUUACGAUGAUGUCGGUUAA